AUGUCCACAGCUAGUGCUAGUGCUCAUGCACAUAUAAAUACCUCAAUGGAGACAGCAUCUAACAGCAGUAUAAAUACUACUCCAGUCAAUACCAGGAGUGCCCAAUUUACACCUCAACAGCACCAGCAGCAGUACAUCUAUUCACCAACACCUGUUUAUAUGCAGUCCCCAGUCCAACUGGGGUCCCAGAUGUCACUUCAAGGACCUCCCCACCCAGGAAACCCUCAUCAAAUCUCCAUAUUAGCAGAUCAUGAUAUACAAAGAAUUGUAGACUCACUGAAGAUCUCACUAAAAGAUGAAAUAAAUGCCAUAGUGAAUGUUGCCAUACAGACUCAAGUUCAACCCCUAAAAGAUGAGCUGACACACUUAAGGGCAAAGGUCAUUCACCUUGAAGGUGAAAUGGAUGCAGCAAACCAGUAUAGUAGAAGAAACUGUAUACUGAUCAGCAACAUGAAGGAGUUGCCUGAAGAAAAUACCAAUGAUAUUGCCAUACAGGUGGCAAAAGAAGGUGGCCUUGAUAUUACACCCUCUGAUAUAGACAGGUCACAUAGAAAUGGCAAACCUAAAGUCAACAAACCCAGAGACAUAAUUGUGAAGUUUGUGUCCUACAAGACCAAACAUGAUUUUAUGAAAAUCAGAAAACAACUAAGGCAAAGGAAAAGCCAAGCAUAUAUCAAUGAACAUCUCACCUCAUUCAGGGGUGAACUUGCCUUCCAAUGCAGACUCCUGAAAAAGAAUCCCAAAUCCCCUGUACUUGACACUUGGACCUAUGAUGGUAAUAUCUACAUCAAAACAGAGGUGAAAGGCCACAUGAUCAGAGUCAACACCCACAAUGACCUGGUUCAGUUUGGUUAUAACCCAAACCAAUCUAUGAACUGA